AUGUCUACAAAGCACUUCAUCAAUGACCCGACUCAUCUUGUCAACACCGCGCUUCACAGCCUGACCUUGACCAAUCCCAACGUUGCACUCGACUCAGAUAACAAAAUCAUCUAUCGCCGGCCAUCCGAUGCUCCUCAGCAAGUCUCAAUCAUCUCGGGCGGAGGGUCUGGCCAUGAGCCCUCGUUCGCGGCCAUGGUCGGCCCGGGCAUGCUUUCAGCUGCCGUGGCGGGCACAAUCUUUGCCAGUCCCUCGGCUGAGCAGGUCAGGAAUGGCAUCAUGUCAAGGGUAGAUACCGAGAGAGGCGUGCUGGUCGUCGUGAUGAAUUACACGGGCGACAUUCUCAACUUUGGAAUGGCCGUGGAAAAGGCCAUAGCGGCUGGCCAGGCCGUCGAGAUGGUUGUCGUGGGUGACGACGUGGGCGUUGGGAGGAAGAAGACGGGCAAGGUUGGGAGGCGAGGCAUCGCCGGUACUGUGCUCGUGCUCAAGAUUGCCGGCGCUCUCGCCGCGCAGGGACGGUCGUUGGAAGAGGUGGCAAAGGUGGCUCGGCUGACUGCGGCCAACAUCGUCAGUGUUGGCGCCAGCUUGGAGCAUGUUCACGUUCCGGGACGAGUCAUCGAUGCCAGUGAAGCCUUGGCGCCUGAGCAAGUCGAGGUCGGGAUGGGCAUUCACAAUGAGCCCGGAUCAAGUAGGGAGAAGCUGGAGCUGCCUCAGUUGGUGGAGAGGAUGCUUACCCAACUGCUCGACCAAAGUGACAAGGACAGAGCUUUCGUCAAUGUCAACUCAAACGAGGUUGUUCUGCUCAUCAACAACCUUGGAGGUGUCAGUGUUCUGGAGCUGGGAGGUAUCACUACCGAAGUGGUGAACCAGCUCAGUGACACGCACAAUAUUCGACCGGUCCGCGUCAUUAGCGGCACAUUCAUGACGAGCUUGAAUGGCCAGGGCUUCAGCAUUACCCUUCUAAACGUCGUCAAUACCGACAUUGGCGGGCCGGGCAUGAUUGAGUUGCUGGAUGCACCAAGCGAGGUCACCGGCUGGUCCGCUCCAGUGCAAAAGACGUCAUGGGAGGCAAAGAAUGCUGCCACGAGGACAGACACUGCCGGGACAAACAAAGAGACUCAACCGAGCGGACUGCAAAUGGAUGCUAAACAUGCUACUUCGGUUCUCACCAAUGCGCUGGAGCGCGUGAUCGCGGCCGAGCCUGAAGUUACCAAGUACGAUACCAUUGUUGGAGAUGGAGACUGUGGUAUUGGUCUAAAGAGGGGAGCCGAAGCCAUUCUGAAGCACAUUCAGCAGAAGCCCUUGACAGGAGAUGUGGUUGUCGACGUUGCUUCCAUUGUGCAAGUGGUAGAAACCGCCAUGGAUGGCACUUCUGGUGCUCUUUACGCCAUAUUCCUCAACGCUCUCGUCCACGCUCUUCGGACCCUUGGAUCCGGCGAGGCUGGUCCUUCAGUGUGGUCUGCCGCUCUUAAGCUUAGCUGCGAGGCCUUGUCCAAAUACACUCCUGCUCAGCCCGGCGACCGCACGCUUGUGGACGCGCUUUAUCCCUUUGUCGAGGUUCUGGGUAAGACUGGCGACGUGAAGGAGGCUGCUGAUGCGGCGAGGAAGGCAGCCGAUGACACCAAGGGCAUGCAGGCAAGCCUUGGGCGAUCAGUAUACGUAGGCGGCAGUGGAUACGAGGAGGUGCCUGAUCCCGGGGCUUGGGGAUUGGCAUGCUUCUUCUUGGGAUUGGGCGGUGUCAAGCCGACAGAGGAGGGCUGGGAAUCUAUCUGA